AUUCCCUAAAGAAUUGGUGGUACGUACGUAAAUGCCGCUAAUAAUAAACUAUACAAAAGCGCGGGAGCCCCAACUAGGGUUUCGCAUCAGUCGGAACUCAGGGCCACAACCCCUCGCCUUCCGCCAUGGCUAGCACUCCUGCGUCAGCCAGCUCCUACGGCGUCGUUACUGGCAGCGUCAGCCACACCUCAGCCGCAGCGGACACCAUCGCAUUGCCUGCCACUGCCACGUCAAUGGGUUCUAAGCGGUUAGACGAUUCUCUAUGGUGGGAAUCCUUCGUCGUUCUCCUAGAAGAGCUUGAAAGUGCUCUUUCUUUCUCUGAACUUGAUGAUAAUCUGGCAAAUAAGCUAAAGAGAAAUCACGCCUGGUUCUUGGACUCUGUUUCACGAUUCAAGGCCCCAAAUGAGGCAUCUAGGCGUGCCUUGGAUUCGAACGAGUUACUCCUCGGAGUACACAGCCUUGUCAUAAAACCGAAGUUGAGGGAAGCCGCGCUUCGGGCUAGCAAAUUACUGUGCUUGGAUGAGGUGCAGACGUACAUUUUGGCUAGCAGAUUUGUUGGGCAUGAUAAGUCUAUUGAUUAUGUUGAAGCGCAAGAUUUUUUGCAGUGGGUACUGCGUCAGUAUUUUUUUGAGCGACAAUGUUUGUUGAAGUGCAUUAGGCUUAUAUUUGUGAAUUCUU